UCCCCAGGCCCGACGGCCGAGUCCGGGAGCACCGAGCCGGGGCGCGAGCGCCAUGGACGUGCUGGGCGAGGACGAGGCUCUGCGGCAGUUCUUCGAAGCUCAGGGGCCCCAUGGCACCCUGGGGAACCCAAACCUCGACACGAGUCUGCUGGAGGAGUUCCUGGGCAAUGAUCUCGAUCUGGGGGCCAUGCCACGCCAGCUCCCGGACACCCCACCCUACUCCGCCUCAGACUCCUGCUCUCCUCCUCAGGUCAGAGUGUGUGUCCCCCCAGGUGCGUGCGGCCCCACUCUGAGACCUGCAGCCGGGGCGACUCCAGUGUCUCUUCACCACUCCGAAGCUGCACCCGGGAUGCUGCCCACACACCUGCCCCAGGGCUCGUCUGAAAUGAGCGACCCCGGCCGCAUCCACAGCAGCUUCCACACCUGUUACCCAGACGCCAGUCACCUCCCGACUCCCCUGGACCAGUCCGUGCCCUCCCAUCUGGGGAUGAGUUGUUCUUACCGUCAGCAGCCUCUGAGCUACAGCCCCAGAGCCUCCUUGCCACCAGCCAAGAAGAGAAAGUGCCCGCAGGUGCUGGAGGACCCCGGGGACGGCCGGGUGUGGGCCCAGCUCUCCAGACCACUGACAAGUAGGAGUUACAGCAGCAAAGCUCAAGACGGUGACAAUGAGGGGCAGAAGGUGAUGCCCGAGGACCAGUGCGCUCCUGCUCUGAAGUGGCAGCCGUACCGAAGUGUUCCUUGGCAUAGUUUAUUAAACAGUCGUUACGAGAAACUACCUGAUAUAGGCUAUCAAGUUGUCACAGACAAAGGAUUUAAUUUCUCACCAGCAGAUGAAGCUUUUGUUUGCCAAAAGAAGAACCAUUUUCAGCUAACCAUCCAUAUCCAAGUCUGGGGCAGUCCACAGUUUGUCAAAACCCAAAUGGGCCUAAAGCCAAUAGAAAUGUUUUACUUGAAAGCUUUUGGGGUUAAGGUAGAAGCCACCAAUCAAAUAAUCGCUAUUGAACAGUCCCAAGCAGACAGAAGCAAGAAGAUUUUCAAUCCUGUUAAAGUCGACCUGCUGGCUGACCAGGUCACCAAAGUAACACUGGGCCGGUUACACUUCAGCGAAACCACUGCAAAUAACAUGAGGAAGAAGGGAAAACCAAAUCCCGACCAGAGAUACUUCAUGUUGGUGGUCGGGCUGUAUGCUGCCAGCCAGGACCAGUCCUACGUGCUGUCUGCCCACAUCUCCGAGAGGAUCAUCGUGAGGGCCUCUAACCCUGGGCAGUUUGAAAAUGACAGUGAUGCAUUGUGGCAGCGAGGACAAGUUCCAGAAUCUGUUGUCUGUCAUGGUCGAGUGGGAAUAAACACAGAUGCGCCGGACGAAGCCCUGGUUGUCUGUGGCAACGUGAAAGUGAUGGGGACAGUUAUGCAUCCGUCUGACAGCCGGGCGAAGCAGAAUGUCCAGGAGGUUGACACAAAUGAACAGCUGAGGAGAAUAGCCCAAAUGAGGAUUGUCGAAUACGACUACAAACCUGAGUUUGCGUCUGCCAUGGGGAUAAACGCUGCGCAUCAAACAGGAAUGAUUGCCCAGGAGGUAAGAGAGAUCCUGCCUGCAGCCGUCAGAGAGGUUGGCGAUGUCACAUGUGAGAACGGAGAGACGCUGGAGCACUUCCUCAUGGUCGACAAGGACCAGAUCUUUAUGGAAAAUGUAGGUGCAGUGAAGCAGCUCUGCAAACUAACCAACAACCUUGAAGAAAGAAUAGAAGAGUUAGAACUAUGGAACAGAAAGCUGGCCAGGCUAAAGCGGCUGAGCAGUUGGAAGUCCUCAGCCAGUGAGGCGAGCUCCAUCAGCAAAUUUAGCAGAGCUGUUAAUGCAUCUUCUCCAAGAAGGCCCAUUCCCCCCAAAACCAGCAAGGUUUAUUUUUCAGGAAAAAAACAGUCGUGUCCUAACUGGGUUUUCCAGACCUUGGUUAUAAGUCUCAUUGCUGUGAUGGCAUUUUGUGCGUUGACAAUAGUCACCCUUUACAUACUCAGCUUGAAAGCUCAAGAGCAACGUGUCCCGAAUGUCCCUCCGAGCAACGUCACGAGCUCCCAGGAGCCAGCCCUGCCGCCCACCGCCUCCCCCGCAGCCUGGAACACAUCCCUGGCCGCCACACAGUCCUCCUUUCUCGGGCCAGAAGUCACUUUCUGUGAGAUCCUGCCGUGUCAGGAGACUCAGUGCUGCCCCAUCGGGGGGAGGAGAGCCGCCCUCGCCAGUCCUGUCCAAGGGCAGUCCGAGGAGAAGGAGCUGCAUCGGGGGCCGUGGGCAGAAGACGGAAGCACGUCAUUCCUGGCGGGAGAUGCGCCGGCCAGCCCCGACUGGGGGAGUGAUUGGAUAGACACAACCAUCAGCUCUAUUCAGAUUAUGGAAAUCCAGCACGUAAUAGAUCGCCGCUACUGCCAUCGAGGCCGGCAGUGCAGGUCUGGAUCUUACAAUUACAGUAUUCCUGUUAAUAAGUACACACCCACCAAUGUCAAAUUUUCUCUGGAAAUCAACACAACAGAGCCGUUGAUAGUCUUCCAGUGCAAACUGACCGUUGGAAACAUAUGUUUCCAUAGUAAAAACGAAGCCCAAGGGCUGCAAAGCCACGAAGGAGUCAUCCAGGAGAUGACACAGGGCUGUCGGCACAUCUGGAGCCUCCCAGUGGCCCCCUUCUUUGAUAGCGCGUUCCAUUUCCGAGUAGCUGCACCGGAUCUGGCUGACUGUUCCACGGACCCUUACUUUGCUGGGAUCUUCUUCACAGAUUACUUCUUCUACUUCUAUCGACACUGUGUCUAGCUUAUUCAAGUUUGGUUGGGGACUUUUCCAAAGAAAAAUACUCAGAAAUUCGGUUAACGGAAACUUCCAUCCUCUUGCCCCUCCGCGCUUCUCUGUAAACCUGGCUGUGUGUUGCCCAAGGACUUUUUCAGAGUUCGGCCUCCAGCAAUUUUGAGACAUUAACGAGGAGAAUAAAGUGUUUGCUG